CCCUGCCUCCUCCGAGCCUGUCUGAAUGAAUCUGGAAAAAGUCGCGGAGAAACAUGUCCCGUUGCAUUCUGCCAAAGAAAGACGGGAAAACUGGAGCUACAUAGUGGGCAGCUACUGAUCGUUAGGCCUUCCAUCUGAUCCUGUAACUUUCACGAGAGGGAGCCAAUGGAUUCAGAUGCCUGUCUCCCGAACGACUCUCCACGAGCGAAGGACAUCGAGGCAGUGGAGGCCCUGAUGGCCAUGAGCAGCUGCUGGAAAGCUGGGAGAUUUGGCCAUGCAGAUCCCCGUCCCCUGACGCCUCACUCUGACAUCUUUGAGGAAGGGCUUCCUCUGCCGGCCCCUGUCGAGUUCCAGGGGUCUCCUCUGUGUAUGACUCCACCCUACAGCCCGCUGAACUCUGAGCUUCCACAUACCCUUUCGGCAUCCUUUCCGGAGCCGGUUCGGACCCCUUCCUGCCAGAGCAGGCCGCAGACAGAGGGCGGCCCUUGUGAUCCCGUGGGGUGUCAUAGGUCACACGCCACCAGCGUGAUCCGCCACACUGCAGACUUGCUGCCUUGCACCUGCAACAGCUGUCCUGCAGAGAAGAAAAAGAAUGUGUGUGGAUCAUUGCAGCCUGAUGGCGGCACUCCUGAGAGAAGUUCAUCAAGCCAGCCGGAAGACAGAGGCGCUGGAGCAUGCCCAGCUGCGUCUACAGCACAUCAUUCUGGGCUGGCCCCCUCAAAUGGCCCGGUCUUCUUGAAUUUGUCAUCGUCUGUUGGACUGCUACAACACCCUGUGUCCAGUGGCCCUGUGAACAUAGCUUCCAUGCCGGUCCUCUGUCAAGUGCUUCCUGUAUCACGCACAACUCCGCCUGUUGUUUCUGCACAUGGCCAGCAGGGGGCGGUAUGCCCACCGGUGGUCCUCAUGAGUGGAGAGGUUUCCAAGGGUUCGGUUAUGUUCCUCGUCCCCCAGCCAGUGCUCCCCAGACAGUCUGCACUGGUAACCCCUGGAAAGCCUAAGCUGGCUGCCAUUGCCCCCGCACCGGGCGUCCCCUCCUUGGUCCAAAGGAACAGCCCGCGGCCCAGCGUUUCCAGGAUACGGAGCCACAUCUGUACCCACCCGGGCUGUGGGAAGACCUACUUCAAGAGCUCCCACCUCAAGGCCCACAGGAGGACUCACACAGGCGAGAAGCCUUUCUGCUGCAACUGGGAGGGCUGCGAGCGGCACUUCGCCCGAUCCGACGAGCUGUCCCGGCACCGCCGCACACACACUGGCGAGAAACGCUUUGCCUGCCCCGUGUGCCACAGCCGCUUCAUGCGCAGCGACCACCUGGCCAAACACGCCCGGCGCCACCUGGCGACCAAACGGAUGCCCACCUGGCAGGUGCAGCUCCGGAGCCUCAGCAGCCUGGCGGCUGCCUGCCCUCAGCACCUGCCGUCCGGCCCCGAGGGCAUGCUGGCAUGUUAGUGCAUUGGCUAAGGAGCCAGACUCGUGACCAAGCACCUUUCGGUCUGAUUGAUGGCUCUCCUUGGUGUAAGUCUUGAGCAAUGGCUUAACUUAGACUCCCUGUUUGAAACUCUACAGCGUCUCUAAAGAAAGAAGUUAAAUGAUAAUGGCAAUUACACGAUUGUAUGUUGCUUAUUUGCUGAGAUCACCUAACAUGAGAUUUUGCACAAUGGCUAAAUUGCACUCAGAAAUCCUGAAAGUGUAGGUGUCUGAUUAAGUUUAAGGAAAGCCGAAUUAUGGUUUUUUUUCCUUAUAUAAUUUUUUUUACUGUCAUUGUUUACACAUAAAAAUAUGAUGUUUUGGCAUCACGUGAUUCACAAGCUCAGGGGUUAUUGCCUAAAGUCCAUUGGUCGGACGUCCAAUUUCCCGUACCUAUCAGCGCCUGGAUCGGUGCGGGCACUUUGUAGGAGCCCCGCCCCCUGUGGCACUUUGUAGGAGCCCCGCCCCCUGUGGCACUGAGACACUUGGUGGUGAUGGCCGGUAGACGGUGAGAUUUCAGGGGGGUGUCAUUCUGUUUGAGGGAAUAGGCUUAGCAACAGCGCUGAAAUGUCAGGGUUUUUGUUUCUGUGGAGUUUUUUUUUUUUAUUUACAAAUAUUUUGUAUUUUUAAAUUCAUUAUUUAUUUUAUAAUGUUGGUCUUUGUUAUAGUUGGGAGUCAUUUUUUCAUUCAAGCAAGUAUGACCAAGGAACAGCUGGGCAAUGGUAUAAUUCUUACAAGCAGGCCAUUAAGACUCCUGUGAGUCAUUUCUACUACCGUUAAGUCUUAUGUUUAAAUCUGUACUGGAAAAAACCUGCUGAGCUCCUGACCAAAGUAGUUUCACCAUAACGUACAGUGGAAUGUCAUGUUAGCUUUUUUUUUGCACAAUAUUUGUCAUUGCAAAUGUUUUUUUUUUAUACAAAGAUGAAUAAAAUGUUUUGGAAAAGUCA